AUGCUGCUAGGCAACGGUGGUAUUUGCCAAUUUGAGAAUUUUGACUGCUCUGAAUUUCCUACGGGUCAACUAUGGGAUGGUUCUCAGAUUGCAGUCAAGAGAUUAAAGGCAUGGAGUGGCAAAGAAAAGAUAGAUUUCGCUGUAGAAAUGGAGAUUCUUGCAUGUCAUUGA